ACAUUGGACAUUUCUCGAGGCUUGAAAGCACCGAUUGAGGUGUUCUGUGACCAGGACUAUGAAGGUGGCGGUUGGCUGGUAUUUCAAAAUCGAUUCAAUGGAGCAAUUGAUUUCUAUCGGCCCUGGGCUGAGUAUAAGGAAGGGUUCGGUGCAUUGGAUGGAGAAUUCUGGCUUGGACUGGAUAAGCUCCAUGAGAUAACAUAUUCUGGUUCGUACGAACUGGCGAUUCAAAUGGAAGGCUUUGAUGGAGAAAAAGCGGUUGCACGAUAUUCUGAGUUUGCGAUCGGCAGUGAAGCGGAGUUCUACAACCUAAUCAAAUUGGGAACGUACAACGGAACAGCGGAAGACAGUUUAAGUUAUCAUUCAGGGGGGAAGUUCUCAACCUUCGAUCGUGAUAACGAUGAACAUGAGACACACUGUGCAUCGGUUUACAUCGGAGCCUGGUGGUAUAAAGCGUGUCAUUUGAGCAAUUUGAAUUCGAGAUAUGGCCCAACCGGUCAGCCAAAUCGUAUCGUCGUCUGGCGAAAGUGGAAAGGGGACUCGUACGCUUUGAGAAAGACUCGAAUGAUGAUAAAAUUGAAGUCGUAAUUGCCUACUACCGUGUAGACACCAACCUUUGCGCAUUUGGGUGAUACUCACUCCUUUAAAGCCAUUUUUUUCUACAUUCAUAUUUUUCACACAUGCCCACAAUCACUAGCUAGUAUUCCAUGAAAAAAAGUUUGCAUUAUGCACCAACAAUA